GCUCUCUGGCACAUGGUGUGACUCCCGCACAGGGCCAGGCGUUGGACUCGGUGUUCCCUAAGGAUCCAAACCGGAAUAUUCUGCAAUUCUGAUGCCAGAUUUGUGCAAUUGCUCAUGUAACUGCCAAAACAAUGCCACACGAAGAUGCUGAAUGCAGGAAAGGAUCUGCACCAAAUAUCCAUGAUCCUGCUACAAGAGAACUCUCUGUCGUUGUGCCUUCAUACAAUGAGGAAAACCGGUUACCACUUAUGAUGGAUGAAGCUUUGGAUUAUUUAGAAAAACGACAGAAACAAAAUCCUUCAUUCACUUAUGAAGUGAUAGUGGUUAAUGAUGGUAGUAAAGAUCAAACUGCAAAGGUUGCAAAGGAGUACUGCAAGAAAUAUGGAAGUGACAAAGUGCGAGUGAUAUCUUUGGAAAAAAAUCGAGGGAAAGGGGGAGCAGUCAGGACGGGUGUCUUUAGUUCUCGGGGGAAAAAGAUUCUUAUGGCUGAUGCAGAUGGAGCUACAAAAUUUGCAGAUAUUGAAAAAGUAGAAGAAGGUCUAAAGAAUCUCCAGCCAUGGCCUAAGGGAAUGGCUAUCUCCUGUGGUUCUAGAGCUCAUCUGGAGAAGGACUCAAUAGCAAAGCGCUCUUACUUCCGAACUCUGCUCAUGUAUGGCUUCCACUUCCUGGUGUGGUUUCUCUGUGUCAAAGAGAUCCGGGACACACAGUGCGGAUUUAAACUUCUAACCAGAGAAGCUGCCUUGCAGACUUUCUCAAACCUUCACAUAGAACGCUGGGCAUUUGAUGUGGAACUUCUUUAUAUAGCCCAGCGCUUGAAAAUACCUAUAGCAGAAGUUGCUGUCAACUGGACUGAAAUAGAAGGUUCUAAGUUAGUUCCCUUUUGGAGCUGGCUGCAGAUGGGCAGGGAUCUUCUUUUUAUACGACUGCGAUAUAUGACUGGUGCCUGGAAGCUUGAAGCAAAAAAAUGGCCUCCUUUGGAAGAGACUGGAGCUAGUUGGGCACCCCAGUUUGAGAUACACAGUGCCAAGGACCAGUGUGCUGAAACUAUCUCACCCUGUUCCCAGGGACUGACUUCUGAGCAUUCUCUGAGGCUUUCAGUUGCCAUCCAGUCUCAUUUGUGUACAAAAUAUGGAGAGAUGAGUCAGAGUAAUUUCUCGCCCUUUAUGAAGAAAACCUGAUGCUUUGUGCAUAGUUGUGGUAUUUCUACACACAGUUUACAUACUAGCCACCAACCUAGUUUUAUUUUGCUUUUGAGUCUUUUGAUUUUCUUUCAUAUAGUAAUUGUUCUGGUGAACUCUGUAGCUAAAUGAGGUGUUUAUUCAGCAUCUGUGCCCUCUAAAUAUUUACUAAUGAAGAUCUUUUUAAAAACUUUUUUCCCUCAGCCUGUUCACUAGGCAGCAUAACUUUUUCCAUUUCUUUGAUCCUGAAUCCCCCUUUAUUUUAAUUAUCCUCCCUUUGGCAGCCAAAGGAAAAUACGGCAAUAUACACCGGGCCCUUCCUCACCCCUCCAGUUAACAGAGAUACCGGUUGCAGAUCAAAGAAUCCAUCAGAACAAACUGCUUCCUAUGCAAUAAGCCCUCAGUCUCUGGAAUAAGCAAGUUUAUCUUCAUUGUGCAUUCCGAUAAGAUGUUAUUAUAGCAGUGGCUUUAAUUACAUUUCUCAUUAUUACAUUAGUGUGCAGUAACAUGGAGUUUCACUGAAUCUAAAUGUGUUAGAUUGUAAAAUAUGGUGCCUUUAAGUCUUGUGAUGGAAGCCACAAAACAGCAAAAAAAAAAAAAAAAAGGUCCAUUUCACAGUUGGACAGAUGUUUCUGUGAAAGGAAUGAUGAAAUUUUUCUGGAAUAUGGUCUAGAACAUGGAAAAAGAUGAAGAGACAUCACAAUACGGCAACAGCGUAUGCAUCAUAUACGUCAUCUCUGUAAUUCAAAAGUGUAAGACUCUAGAAAAUAAGCAGCUGCUUUAUGACUUAAGGAAUAAAUACUUUUCUGUCUGAAGUUCAUACAGUGAUAUACCUACAGGUAUGCCUUAGUGGCAAAUCUUUAAAUGCUGAUCUGCUUUCCUCCAUAAGAAAUUGCUUCUUCUCCCCUUAUUUCUUUUUUGGUUUGUUUGGGGAUUCUUUUAUGGGAAGACUAGAAAUUGUAGGACUAAAGAACUAUCUCAAAGUAUUUCAUCCUAGGCAUUGAGUGGGUUAAAAAUGUUUGUAGGAAGAAACACAUUCGUUAGGAUUUGUACAUUUCAGAUGUCUAAUAGCCACUGAGCAGAUGCUGAGUAAACAGAUCUUUAUGUAUCUCAGUUUCUCUGAUAACUUGAUUAAAUGUGAGGCCUGGUAUUUGGUGCCAGGUGUUUCCCAGGGGAGUGAAUUUAUCACAUGCUUAGUCUUGCAAUCCUUAUUUAAUAACUACUUGAUCUAUAACUUAAUGAAAAUGGUGGUGGUAGUUCCUAUGAACUGCAGUCAACUUUAAAUCAGGGCAUAAAUUACCAAAUGCAUCUCCCUUUGAAAGGCACAGACCUCCAGACUGUUCCUACUUUUCCUAUGGAGUGGCAAUAACUUCAUGAUCUCCAAGACAACAACAUAUUUGCAAGGAGUGGAUUAGAGUGCAGAGGUCUCCUUCUUGGAACUGAAAAAAUAUUCCUGAGCAAAAUAUUCAGUCAGUACCCAACUUGUUUUAAAGAAGACACUGGGUAAAAUGAUGUGCUGCUUGAACCCUAUUUCUUGAAGCAAAUGUAAGUUUGUGAAGUU